GGUCCGCUUUCAAUGAGUCAUUACAAGAAAAAACUGAAUCUAUGUUUAGAACUCUAUAGCAAGAAAAAAGAACUCGAAAACCAACAGUUCUUAAUCAUUAGCCUCAUAAAGUGCAAAUCUAGAUUUCUGCUUCAUAUUUCAUUGGAUAAAAGAAAAUUUAAUACAGAAGGAAUUAAAAAAACACAAUGAAUUCCUAUGUACGGGCUUUAUAUGAUUUUCGUGGGGACCCUGGCCAACCGGAGCUCUCCAUUGAUGCUGGUGAAGUGCUGCAGAUAACUCGAACUGAUGUGGGUGAGGGCUGGUGGGAAGGUCAAAACUCUAGAGGUGAUGUGGGUCGCUUUCCAGAGGCCUACGUUGAGGUUAUGUCAGCAGCAGAUGUAAAACACACUCAAAGUUGUGGUGGCGAAACUUAUUCAGCGCCACUGGAUGCCGUAACAAAAGCCAGCUCUAGAUGGGAUGAUGACGAUACUGAAGAUGAUGAUAUAUACACACCCAUCGAACAGCCUGAUGAGGUUCCCAAAAAAAGUGAAAGACGUAAACCUUCCCUGGUUGGAGGUGAUGAUAUUCUACUGCCGCCAACACUACCCGACAUGGAUGACCCUGCGGCCAACGCAAAACUGACAAGGAAAACUAGCAUGUUUGGCAAAAGGGCUGAGCCAUUUAUUCUUGGCCAUGGCAACAAAAACCAACUCCUGGACAACGAAUUGAUCUAUAUUGUGCCUUUUGCUGAGCAGUAUUUCCAAUGGAAAAGCAGUGAUCAAUUUUAUUCCGUAGUGGUGGCAAGCCCCAAGAAAGAGACCAAGUUCAAGGGCAUGAAGAGUUUUGUAGCCUAUCAGCUGACACCAAGCUUUAACAAUGUAUCGGUGUCACGUCGUUUCAAGCAUUUUGUUUGGUUACACCAGAGAUUGCUGGAGAAGUUUGUCUUGAUUCCCAUUCCACCGCUGCCCGAUAAGCAAGUGUCGGGCAGGUAUGAGGAUCAAUUUGUGGAGCAUCGUCGUGUACAGCUGCAGGAGUUUGUGGAUUGGAUAUGCCGUCAUCCGGUUUUGUCCAAAUGUGAGGUAUGGUUCCACUUUCUAACCUGCACCGAUGACAGUGUCUGGAAACAGGGCAAACGAAAGGCCGAACGUGAUCCCUAUGUGGGCAUAUCAUAUUGCUGGGCCAUAUCGCCGCCUGAAAAACAAUUGCUAGCCUCCUAUGUGGAUUCCCAAAUCGACAACUGGUCCCAGUUUAUACAAGCAAUGGAUGGUUCGGUGCGUAAUUUGCUCGCCAUCUCCAGUGAUGUCAGCAAACGAUAUCAGAAUCAAUGCCGCAAAGAAUUUCAGCGUGUGGCCUUUGCUAUCCAUCAGUUUUCCAGAUCAAUUGCCAUGGACGAAGAAAGGCAACCUCCGCCAGAGACGGACAAAUCUCUGGCAAUGUGCAUUUCCAGCAUAGGCGAUACCUAUGCGGCAAUUGCUAAGGAUUUCGGGGAACAACCCAAACUAGAUUGGGUACCAUUCGCCGAUAAGUUACAAAUUUACCGCAGUGUGUUGAACUCCUUUCCGGAUAUACUAACCACACACAAGGGAGCUUUGCAAAAGCGUCAUGAAUGCGAACGUCUGACGGCCGAACAAAAAAUGACCCCCACUCAAAUGAUUGAUGUCAAUCGUCGUACAGAUGUCAUAACAUAUGCGGUUAUAGCCGAAAUGUCUCACUUUCGUAAGCAACGGGAGACGCAUUUCAAGGAUACUCUCAAAACCUUGAUUGAGGAACAAAUGAAGUUCUAUAAUGGUUUGAUUUCUAAGUUGCAGGAUGCUUAUGCUAAAUUUGAUUGAGGGCCAAUUUCGAAUGUGCAUUGUAACUAAAGGCCUGAUGUUUGGAAGUUGUAAAGAAUUAUUUUGAUAAAUAAAUUCACACUUAUGUUCAGAAAUUA